CCCCUGUCUCCAUCCUCUAUAACCGCGCCUCCCCCACUCGGCCACUCCCCGCAGGGAAGGCAGCGGCACAAACAGAGCACGCCCUCGAGUCGUCGUCUUCUCCCCGUACGGCGAGCCGAUCGACUCGACGCCCCCUCCGCUCUCCGCCUGCCGGAUCGCGGAGGGCACCGAUCCAGCUUCUCCGGUUGAUAUACUGUGGGAUUGAAGCUAGUCACAUUUUGUUAUCUUUAAGUACAAGGAACGUUAAUGUCACCAAAAGUACUUUCCUCAAUGGAGCUUGAAGCUGAUUUUGAUGAUGAAGGUGUCUGUUCAAAUAAUGGAUUACAAGAGUUGUGGCCACUUGGCGAGAUAGAUCCAAAGAGAGCAAGGUUCCCAUGCUGCAUUGUCUGGACUCCUCUUCCUGUAGUUUCAUGGCUUGCUCCUUACAUAGGGCAUGUUGGAAUCUGUCAGGAGGAUGGGGCUGUAUUGGAUUUUGCCGGUUCAAAUUUGGUGAGCAUGGAUAAUUUUGCUUAUGGUUCAGUUGCCAGAUACCUCCAGCUUGACAGAAAGAAGUGCUGCUUUCCUGCUAAUCUUGCGGCUCAUGUAUGUGAGCGUUCAUACAAUCACUCAGAAGUUGGAGCUGCGAUAUCAUGGGAUGAUGCUCUGCAAUCGGGCAUGAGGCGCUUUCAACACAAGUAUUACAAUCUGUUCACCUGCAAUUGCCAUUCAUUCGUGGCAAACUGCCUGAACCAUCUUGCCUACAAUGGCUCUGUGGAGUGGAAUGUUUUGAAUGUGGCGACCCUUGUUUGGUUUCAUGGCCAAUGGGUGGACAAAAUGUCUGUUGUUCGGUCAUUCUUACCUUUCUUAACUGUGACAUGCAUCGGUAUUUUAAUGGCUGGCUGGUCUUUCCUAGUAGGGAUGGCAGCAUUCUCUGCUCUUCUGAUUGGAUGGUUUGUUUUUACAGUAUACUGCACUAAGGGCUUGGUGUGUUAAUUGAUUUAUAUAAAACUUUUUGACUGAGCUCCGCAAAGAAUUCUCGAAAUGAACUACUCAAAUUACUCACUAUCA